AUGCUCAUUGUUCUAGCUGUUGUGUUAGAUCCAAACAAGAAUCUUCGAACACCAUUUAAUUGGUUGAUCGUAAACAUGGCCGUGGCAGAUUUAGUUGUGGGCAUUCUGACUGACCCUUCCUCCGUGUUCAUUCAUAUGAGAGAAAGUCUCGGAAAGAAAAUUUCUAAUCCCGAAAUUAUAAUAACCCACAUGAGUUUUUUCAUCUCAUGUACCGCCUCAGUUUUAAGCAUUUCGAGUUUGGCAGUUGAAAGGUAUCUCGCUGUACGAAAACCGAACACAUAUCGUACCAGAGUGACGAACAAACGAAUCAUUUUUACCGUCGCCGGGAUUUGGUUGAUCUCUUUGAGCUUACCAAAUAUUUAUUUUCAAGUUGGAUCUACACUAUAUGCCUUUAUCUUCGUAAACGCAUCGGUCUUCGUCGCCAUUUCUAUAACAUGCUUAACGUACACUUUGAUGUGGCGAAAAAUCAAAGGACGUUCUCAGGAAAUAACCCGUAACAACGGAGACGUGGCAUCACCUUCUUCAACAGAAUGCGAAACACCUCAAAGCAUCUCAAGAGCUCGACAAAAUCCCAAUACGCCCAACUCAAUCAUCAGCAGUGCGCAGCAAACGGAAGCUAAAGUCACCCAGAUGUUCCUUGUUGUCCUCAUCGCCAUGUUCUGUUGCUAUGUUCCUGCGACAAUAUUAAUUUACCUCAUGAAUUUCUGCGAAUCGUGCGGUUGUCUCGCUCAACAUUGGUUUCGUGACUUGCAGUCCAUUUUCAUCUUAACGAAUUCAAGCCUCAACUUCUGCUGUUAUGCAUUGCAGUCCUCAAGGUUCCGGAGUGCAUUCAUCAAAAUUUUGAAGAUAAAGAAAGCAAACCGCCGUCAACAUCGUGAGGUACCUGCCGAAAACGUGAAUAGUCCUCAAGAUGUAGACAUCGAUAAUACUGCUGAUCAAAACGAAGAAGUGCGACAUCAUGAUAUGGUUAAAAUAGAGAUGACAAGUAAUGGAUUAACAAACAAAGGACAUGUUCCCU